UUUUACUAAUAAAUAAUAUUAUAUCUAUAGUAGAAAAUGGAUUCUUGGGAGGAUCAAGUUAGAAGAUUCAUGUUAGAUGAGGAAGAAGAGGAUGACGAGCUAUUUCUAGUUAUGGUCCCUGCGCUUCAAUUGUGUAUGUAUGACGAGAAGAUGCAAGAGCACACCUCAUCUCUAUCUGGGGCACAAAGGGUCAAAGAAAUUUUAGAAGGUCAUGAGAGGUGGUGCAAAGUGGAAUUUAGGAUGGAGUCUCAUAUUUUUAGGGCGGUAGCACAUUUUCUCAGAGUGGAGAAUUUAUUACGUGAUACUCGUGGUGUUAAGAUUGAGGAGCAGUUAGGAAUGUUUAUGUUCAUGCUCUCUCAUAAUGCUAGCACCGAGAGGCUAAAAAAGAAAUCCCAACAUAGUGGAGAAACAAUACAUUGGAAAAUUAUGGAGGUCUUUGAUAUAAUUCCAGCUCUCACUCAUAGAUUUGUGAAGCUGCCAAAUGUAAACCAGACACAUGUCAAGAUUGCUUAUGAUCCUUGAUAUAUGCCUUUCUUCCAGGCUAGUAAUAGGUAUUAAAUAUUUGCUCUAAUCACAACUUCACAACACAUGGUUCCAACACUCAUUCCUUGGUUUUCUUUUUUUACUUUA